UUCUGGUAACAGCUCUGUCUCUCCUUCCGGAUUUCACAACAAUAAUAACUGCGCAACAGCCUUACUAUCGGCCAGACUUUGUCAGGCGGAGUACAUUUGUUCAGCUUUUUCUACUCUAACAGACACAAACAUUCUACAGGAGCAGGCAGGAUGUCUGUGACCAUGACCAAGGCCGAUGGGAUCACAGUGUUCACUGUGACCUCUGACCCCCAAAGUGUUUAUCCUCCUCUGUGCCAAAUCCUCAAAAGCCUUUGCUACAGCCCUGUGUGCUGCUCUGUGUCUCAGCACCUGAGAAGGGUCCAGAGAACUUCUCAGUCAGUACUGGGGGCUCUGCACAUUAUGGUUGGGUUGCUCAACAUCGGCCUUGGAACAAUAAUCAUUUGCAGUCUACCUUCAUGGUCUCUGGUGGAAUCAACCGGAUUUCCUUUUUGGCUUGGAGGAUUGUUUAUUUUGUUUGGCACCAUUGGCAUUUUGUCUGAGAAGUACCCCAGUCCAUGUCUGGUCAUCGUCAAUGUGAUCCUGAAUCUAGCAGGAGUUGCUUUUGCCAUUACAGCCAUCGUACUCUCCAUCAUAGAUAUGGCAAGCAUUUACAUGUGGUGGAUGUGUAGCGAUUACGACAAUAAUUACUAUUCAGGGUACAGAAGACAGACUACAACUCCUACUCCUGGGCAGGACAUCAUGAGGGAGAAAUGCUUUGAGGGAAAAGAACUGAUUCUGAUGCUUUUGAGAAGCAUGUACGCUGUGCUGAUUGUCCUGUCAGCCCUGGAGCUCUGCCUCACUAUCAGCUCUGCCGUCAUGGCGAUCAAGGCUCUAAAGAGCAGUGAGAAGGGAGAAAAGGAGAAGACUGGGGACCCAGAACUCUACAAACCGCUGCUGGAGGAAGUCACCUGUAACCCCACAGUCUGAAUGAAAAUAUCUGCUUUGUGCUCUGAGUUACCAGGUAUAAUCCUGUGCAUUUAUACCAUUGACUGUAUAUCUAUGUAAUGUCAAUGAUUUAGUCAAAUUCAGGUGGUAUGCUUAAAAGAAAGAGUGAUAAAAAAAGAGUAUGAUUUUCUAUCGAAUAAUGCACCAUAAGGCUCUGACACACCAACCCGAUGGCCAACCAUCAGCAGAAAAGGCAGUCGGACUGACUGCCUCCCCGAGUUGGUCAAAAAAGUGCUUCGGAACACACUGAAGCAACGCCGACUUUAGAGUACGUUCUGCGCGUGCACGAGACGUAAUACGUCUCCAUAACAGCAGGUGGCGCUAAUCUGUAUUGUCACCCAAAAAAUGAAAACCGGCAGCUGAUUGGACAAACACGUCACGUCGGUCUGGCUGCUCCCAGAUUUUACAACAGGGCAUAAUGGCGGCUUUGUUCGGAAUACAAUCUCAUAUUUUACGAAGAUAGUCCACCAAAACGUGUUUCUGAAAACAUUUUAAGCGAGAAGUAGGCCAUGCAGUUGCUGAAUCUGUCUUCAUUUCAAACUGACCUUUGUUGAUCAACAAAGCUCGAGUCACUGACCUCGCCAGGCUGUCCAACGCCCGAAAAUCAGCUUGGUGUAUCAGGGCCAUUACGGUCAGCUCGUGUAGGUAAAAGGGAGGUUCAUUAAUGUGAGUGUGUGACAUUGAUGGACAGAUAUGUUUUUUGUUUUCUAUUUUACAAUAUUAAGUCAUCUUAAAAAAAAAAGUCAUCGAAACUGUUGACUGUUCAAAUGUUUUGUUGUUUGUGCUUCCGCUGUGUACUUUAUAAUAAACCUUAAAGCCUGACACGAAAAUGUAAUCAGUUUAAUAACUAGUUGUGCUCUUUGUGUACAAAUAAUAAACCGUAAGUAUUAAAGUGCUCAUAUUAUGCUU